CUGGGACUUCUAUUUCAGGAGCACAACGCGGAAGUAGUUUUUGUCGCGUCCUUCAGAAGAAGGGAGGGGGAGGAGGAGGAGUAUUUUGAUAUCAACAAACCAGGAUUUGUGUGCGCGGGCAUUGCUGCAAGACUGUCUGCUGUCUGUUAGCAUUGAUUGAAUCACAUUGCUGUACAGAGAGUGUUUAUUUACAGGUCAGGAUGGCAGCGGCUAGCCAAGCGGAGAGAUCCGUACUGGAGGAAGAGUUUCAAUGGCUUCUGCGAGAAGAGGUUCACGCUGUCCUCAAACAGCUACAGGAUAUUCUGAAGGAGGCCUCACGUCGCUUUGCUGUGCCUGCAGGGGGUCUCGAGAGCCAUCUUAAACAGGAGAAUUUCAUACUCGGCAGCUCAACGAUGGACCAGGUGAAGGGGGUCCUGACGCUGCAGGGGGAGGCUCUCACACAGGCAGACAUUAACAUUAAAAUGGCCAAAAGUAACCAGGUUUUCCACUUCACAUUCCGAGAGGACAAACAGUGGAAAAUGCAGCAGAUUCAGGAUGCUCGAAACCAUGUGAACCAGGCUCUUCAGUUGUUAAGCAGUCGAGAUGAGAGCUACCGUUUCAAAACAGGAGCUGAGGUCGAUAAGCUGAUGGACGCAGUAAUGCUUCAGCUAUCGAGGGCUCGCAAUCGCCUCACUACUCCAGCCUCCAUGACCCUGCCAGAAGUGGCCUCUAGCAGCCUAAUGAAAAUGUUCUCCCCGCCACUGCCUGGAGACGUGCUGGUAAAUUUCUACAUUAACCUCAGUAAGCUUUGCCUGACAGUCUAUCAGCUUCACCUCCUGCAGCCCAAUUCAAACAAGAAUUUUAAACCUGCUGGAAGUUCAGUAUUACAUAAUCCUGGUGCAAUGUUUGAGGUGAACGCCCUGAAGUUUGAAGUGAGCCACGUCCAUAAAGUGGAGUGCGUGGUCCCCUGGCUGAACGACACCCUGGUUUUCUUCACCAUUUCUCUGCAGUUGUGUCAGCAGCUCAAAGAUAAGAUUUCUGUGUUCUCCAGCUACUGGAACUACAGACCUUUCUAAUCCAGCCUGCACACUUCCAGUACUGCCUGAGCUGUGGCGCCAUGCUGCUCCUUUUACUGACACUAAUGAUUCUUAAUACCUAUACUACUCAGAUACACAGGCGGUUCAAUGCAUACUGAUUCUUUACAAACCCUUUUUCAAAAUGGGUUGAGUGACUAAAAAGUCUGUUGAUGAUUUUCUCCUAAAUGGACCAUGCGCUCCUUGGCUCUGUUGUGUGUGAUGGACCAUGAUGCUCCUUGUCUCUAGUGUGUGUGUGUGCGUGAUGGACCAUGAUGCUCCUUGGCUGUAGUGUGUGUGUGUGUGUGUGUGUGUGUGUGUGUGUGUGUGUGUGUGUGUGUGAUGGACCAUGAUGCUUCUUGGCUGUAUUGUGUGUGCGUGUGUGUGUGAUGGACCAUGAUGCUCCUCGGCUGUAUUGUGUGUGUGUGUGUGUGUGUGUGUGAUGAACCAUGUGCUCCUUGGCCGUAUUGUGUGUGUGUGUGAUGGACCAUGAUGCUUCUUGGCUGUAUUGUGUGUGCGUGUGUGUGUGUGUGAUGGACCAUGAUGCUCCUUGGCUGUAUUGUGUGUGAUGGACCAUGAUGCUCCUUGGCUGUAUUGUGUGUGAUGGACCAUGAUGCUCCUUGGCUGUAUUGUGUGUGUGUGUGUGUGUGUGUGUGUGUGUGUGUGUGUGUGUGUGUGAUGGACCAUGAUGCUCCUCGGCUGUAUUGUGUGUGUGCGUGUGUGUGUGUGAUGGACCAUGCGCUCCUUGGCUCUAUUGUGUGUGUGUGUGUGUGUGUGUGUGUGUGUG